GCCACCACAAGAGGAGGUUGGCAUCGAAACUUGAUCAGUUCCAUUACUCUUGCUAGGAAUAAGACAUCUUUCUCGGAUUUCUACAUAUCCACUCAACUCUCAUCACAAGUCACGCUGCGUUAUUUGACUUGGCAGACGCCACAAUGGGAUUGGAGGAAAUCCAUAAGUACGGCACUGACGAUGGCUGGCAUGGUGUAAUCAAGGAAGGAGGAGAUUUUCCACCUGAGAAAGACAGGUACCAUCUCUAUAUUGGCCUCUUUUGCCCAUUCGCCCAUCGCUCAAACCUGAUCAGACACAUAAAACACCUUCAAGAUGUUUUACCACUAUCCAUUGUAAAGCCCUAUCCAAAAGGUGAACCUGGCUGGCGCUUCGAUGAAACAUACCCAAAUGCCACACCCGAUCACCUGUUCAACAGCCGAUUCAUGCAUCAACUGUACUUCCGAGACGACCCAGCAUAUAAAGGGAAAUACAGCGUGCCAUUGCUAUGGGACAAGAAGACAAACCGCAUCGUGAACAAUGAGAGUGCGGAGAUGUUGAGGUGGCUACCGGGUGCAUUUAACUCACAGAUCGACGACAAGAAAAUUCGAGAGAUAGACAUAUACCCAUCAAGCCUGAAAGCUCGAAUCGACGAGGUGAGCCCGUGGCUACAAUCUCUGAUCUGCUCCGGCGUAUACAAAGCAGGGUUUGCGCAAACGCAGACAGCGUACGAGGAGAACGUCGUCCCACUGUUUGCAGCACUGAAUAAACUUGAAGCCCUCAUUCACAAAAACGGCGGACCAUACAUAUUGGGUGACCAGAUGACGGAGCUAGACAUACUGGCGUAUCCAACCAUAGUCAGGUUCGAUGCAGUAUAUGUGCAGCAUUUCAAGACGAAUUUGGGGACGAUACGACAUGAUUACCCUGUCAUCCACAAUUGGUUCAAGAAUUUGUAUUGGAAUGUAGAGGGGUUUAGUGCGAGCACAGAUUUCACGCACAUCAAGGAAAAUUACACGAAAAGCCAUGCCGAUAUCAACCCUCUAGCCAUCACGCCACUGGGACCUUACCCGGACGUUGAGGAGAACUAUGAAAGCGAUUGGAGCAAGCUCAAGCCGGGUAAGGUGGUACAUCCACGAGUGUUAGAGGUGAUGAGCAAGUUGUGAGCUGGUGUUUCUGGCCAAAUCAACUUCUUUAUAGAAUAAUGUCUUUAUCUAGACGCAACCUAUACCUGCCGUUCUAACCCGUAACCCGCCUACGUAUGUUGUGGUAGUGUAUAUCAUUUGCAGCACUUCAGCUCUUCACAUUCAACUCUGCAUGGCAAUGC